AAGUUACAUUUACAUAGAUUUGAAAAGGCUCACUUUACUAUGUUGACUUAGGGCGGCUCGGCUGUCGGCUCAUUUCACUCAGUGCGUGGUGGGGGUCUAAAGUAUAGUCACACUCUAUCCUUACACUACGCACCCCACCCCCUUAUCCUACGCACCCACCCCACACUCCCUCCAAAACCCCACUUCUGUAAAAGUGAAAACGAAAAAGAAGCCGUUUUCAGAGGAUAAACAGCAGCACACUGUUCGUCAUCAGAUUGUUAGCUGCGUCUCGUGAGUACAAGAGAAAAAAGGAAAAGGAAAAGCUUCUUUUGAUGACGAGACGUACGGUGGUUUUAUGCAAGUUAAUGUGAAGUUGUUUUCUGGAAUACGGUUUUUGCAGAAGAUUCCUCUGUUGUUUCGUGUCAAAAUCAUUAUCAACCUCGGCAUUGCCUGAGAGAUUCGUUAAUGUAAAACUUGAACAGAGUGAAAGUGAAAAAUUACUGUGAUGUUUGUUUGACGUGAAUCGGUGAAGAAUAAAUUGAGAUUUAUGAUGAGAAUGUGGUUUGAUUUUGAGCAGAAGCUGAAAAAAUAGCAGUGUAGGUUUUUUUUUAUCCACCGAAUCGAGUCUGAAGUUUUUGGGGAAGAAGAUGAGUGAUAGUGCGAGUGUAACGGCGUCGUCUUUAGCGAUUACGGAGAAUAAACCUCGAAGAACUGGUGGAUGUGUCGGAAUCUUCUUUCAACUCUUCGAUUGGAACAGAAGGUUCGCUAAGAAGAAACUUUUCUCCAAGAGAUUGCUUCCUCCAGAUCGUGCAAAAGAAGCUUCAAAAAAGUUCGGAGGUGAUGAGAAGCUGCCGAAACUAAGACUGAUCGCUGAUGAAAACAGUGGGGGAUUCCCAAACAUGAACAAAAAUGGCGUUUCAAACAAUGGAGUUCAAACUCCUAGUUUAGUCGCUAGGCUUAUGGGGUUGGAAUCUAUGCCAUCAUCUGUAAAUCGUGACAAGCUUCACAAUCACAAAGCUAUAUGCAACAAAGAAGAAUCCGAAAACGAAACCACAAGACAAGAUUUUAGGCCUCAAAAGCUUCAAAAAACAAUGGCGGAUAGAAGAAGUGUAACUAGAUUUGGAGCAGAAGCAUUACAACUCAAAAACGUUCUAUCUCGAUCAAAAAAACAUCAUCAUCAUCAUCCAAAACUUGCUUCCCCUGUAAAAACCACAACACAUCAUUCUAGAAAGAACACAUCAAGGUUAAUUGGUGCUGCUUCUAGGAUUCUCGAAACUAGAAACAAGUCUAAAUUUGCUAUCACUUAUCCUCAUAGUGUAAGAACAGAGCGUAUGAAAUUAAAAAGUGAAAAUCUUGAAGCAUCCUGCAAAAACUGUGGUAAUCUUCUUCACAUUACAGAGUCUACAUCAACCCAAACAUCUCUCUUUGAUUCUCAAAACCCUUUUCAAAAUAGUAACUCAAGAUUCAAUCAAGAACAAGAAUUUGUUGCAUCUUCAAACCGAAGAUUGAACUGUUUUCCAUCUGCUACAGAUGCAGUUAGUGAUAAUACCAAAGAUUUUGUUGCAUUGAAUAGGAGUUUAAGUGGUCAAACUCGGUCAAGGGCACCAGGUAAAGUUGAGGAUACAAAGAGAAAUAAUUUCGUGUCUCGAGGGCAGAAAAGACAUUUAACACAUAUCAGAAAGCAAGGGGAAGGGUAUAGUAAUGUAAUGGGUUGUCCUCCAAAUAACAAACCAAGAAUGGUCGUAAGUGCUUCAUGUAAUGGAAAACAAAUGAGGCAUGAACAUCAGGGGCAAAAUGGGAAUGGAAUGAUGUUUAAAUUUAGUUCACCAAUGAAGAACACGUGUGAAAAAGUAGAGAAAAGAAGGAAUCAAAAUCAAAAUGUUUCAUAUUGUAAAAGUAAAACUACUUCUUCACGCAAAAGGCUUACAUCAAAUCAGAUUGACAAAUUCCCAUUAUUGACUGGAGAUUCUUUGGGUGCUCUUCUUGAAGCAAAAUUGAAUGAGUUGACUAGUCAAACUUCAACAAAAAGAACACCAGCUCAUAUUUUUCAAGAGCUUUUAUGUGCUUUAAAUAAAGAAAACCCACUUCCUCAAAAUGAUGUAUUCUGUUUACAGACAAAUUCAGAAAGAUCUGGAUACAAAAACAGCAAUCAUUUUAGCCCAGGAUCAGUUCUUGAAGCCUCUUUUUCAAAUGACAGCUGUUGUUCCAGUAGUUUGGAAGAUAGCUCAGGACGAAUGCAACACACAGAUUCCACGAGUUACUCAUACGAUGAAUCGCAUUUUCGAAAGUUUCAAAACAGCGAAUUGGUGGACACACUUGCAGAGAUAAUGUGGACAAAAUUCGGCAAUUUUUUUGGAUAUGAAAACGCGAAAACAAGAUAUCAAGUGAAGCGAUUUGUGUUUGAUUGUUUAAUUGAAUAUUUGGAUUCGAAUUGUGGAGUAAUGGGGUCUAAGGUUUUGAUUGAUGAAGUAAUGGAAGAGGUGAUGAGGUGGAUGGAUUUUAUUGGUUUGAAUGCGGAUGAGGUGGCGGAAAGGGAUAUGAGUUAUUCUUUGGUGAAAUUGAUGGAUUUUGAGAUUGAAUGUCGUGAGAUUGGUGGUAGAAUUGAAGGGGAUUUAGUUAAUAUGUUGGUUGAUGAAAUUGUGUAUGAUUUUGCAACGAUUUAGUUGAUUAAUGAGAUGGUUUUGUAUAAAUUGAAAUAUUGAGUGGUAAAUUUUCAAGGGAUUGUUUUAUGUGUGUC